AUGUCGUCCAUCCUGCCAGUCCUGGCCCCCCGGCUCCCAGGCUGUCCGCCAGUGGUGGAUGACAGGACUUACACCAAGGAGCACUCCGAGGAUGAGUGGGAGUCCAUGCGCGACGUCAUCAGAAAGCUAUAUAUCAAGGAUAACAGAAAACUGAACGAGACCAUGGCAAUUCUUCAAGCAAGAUAUGGGUUUGCAGCAACAGAGCAGAUGUUCAAGAAGCGUUUAAAGAAGUGGAAUUUGAGGAAGCGAACAUAUCGAAAGGGCCUGUCCAAUUCUGCAGAUUCCACCCCUAUCAAUGUUACUGAAGGAUCUGGCGCUAGCACCCUUGACGAUCAAGGUUCAUCGUCGUCUUCAGCCUCCCCAGAAGAACACCAGGAUGAUCCAAACACCGCAGUGGCUCUUGUCCGCCCAUCAAAUACUGGCCCCUACUCUAACCUUGAGCAAGUCCUUGGCAGCGUUUUCAACUGGAGCCAAGCCAAACUGGAAUUCCUUCCUGCCAUUUCAGAUCCCAUGUCCAAGUACCUAGCAAAUCCAAAUUCGCCCCCUAUCCAGGACAGCCGCACCAUGUAUCGCAUCUUCGAGCUCGUGUUCGACCUUUGGUAUCACGGCAAGGGGGAUCUUGCGGGAAUGGCUGCGCGAAGGGGGUUUUACGUUCUGGAAUUCGUGCUGAGCGAAGAUCACCCCGACCUGAUCUGGCAUGUGCUGGAUACGAUUUUCGACAUGGUAGACCGAGGCCACCUCCAGCUUUUGAGCCUGUUCUUGGAUCACGCUACAGUCCUCGCAAAACGACAGCUUCCGGCCCAACAUCCGCUCCUCCUUAUACUUCAACAAUUACGGAAUUGCGAUUAUCAUUCGGAUGAGGGGAGGAGUUACUUGUGCCACCUACUGCGCCAAGCCUGGCUACGGAAUGUCGAUCUCCUUGGUCAACAUAUCGAAUCAUCAGAUGCCCACCGGCUUUGGCUUUACGAGCAAUUGAUAUGGGACGGAAGGACACGACUGCGCAAGGGAAGCGAAUUGAGCAAGCGACAAGAUGCCAUGUACCAAGCAUUGGAGAGAAUGUCCGAAGCGCACAACACGACACCCGCGGUGGUCGAUGCUGAUCAAUUACGAGUCGAAGCGUUGCGACUUGAGUUUACGCAGAUGGACGUUGGGGACAAGAAGAAAGCCGAAGAGCUGGCCGUCAAUCUACUCGAUCUCACCAGAACCGAUUCAGGACCAAGAUCCAACGACCGAUUUCACGCAUACGCCCUCAAGAUGCUGGCGCGAGUGCAGGAGGAGAAGCAAGACUGGGCCACAGCCGAACAGAACCUACAACAUGCCAUCUCUAAGAGAGAGGUAGCGCAUGGCGCAAACAACAACUUGCGCGUGAUCCGCGACAUGUGGGUUUUGGCGGCACAUUACCAGAAAGCUGGACGACAAGCAGAUGCCAAUAACAUCACGGCCGAUGCAUUAUCGCGAGCCCAGAAUUAUCUGGAACAAGGAAUGGAAUAA